AUGGAUGACAGCGCGUCUAACCACCCAGCCAACACCCCUGAGGGCUCCACGGGUGCCGAUGACAAUGGUCCGGGUGGAAAAGGUUCAUCCCUCAAGGAUCGGAAAUGUCAGUACUGCAACCAGGCCUUUACCUCGUCGUCUUUAGGUCGUCACUUGGAUCAAUUUCUCUUCAAGAAGAAACCAGAUGGCGUUCACGACGUUGAGGAGAUUCGGCGCAUUCGGAGCGGCAUCACGCGGCGACAGGCGCGCACCUCCACGGGCAAACGGGACUCCCCGGAACGGUCGACGGGGAAGGGCCAGUUGGAUUCGUACCCGUCCGGGGAGUCUGGGAAGUCGCGGGAUGGGGUUCGGAUGAUGUUCAAUACGCCCACAUGGCAUGCGACCGGUGUGAUCAACGACAUUCCGAAUCCCCAACAGACCCCCGAUGCGACCAGCGCCUCGCGACUUGCCGCUUCGCAAUCUCGACCCGGUUCGAUGAACCUUCCGGAUUAUGCCAGCCGUGGCGCGAGUUCGAACAACCCCGAUACGAUGAGAGCGCUGGAGCUGGCGUUGCGCGAGGUUUUGGACAACGUCAAGGCUGCAACAUCUAGAUUACGACCUCGACUUUCCCCAUUUGACUUCGACAUCCAAUCGCAGACCUUCCCGUCGCUCUGCCUACAGCUGCUGCCCCCGCCUCCGAGUCUAUUUGCGACCCAUCCGUUCCCGUCUCCUUCUUCGUUCCCCCUUCAACCUCCCGGCGUGGAACACGUUGAAAUCGUGCGGCAGGCUAUCCGUGCAAAAAUUGAACAAUGGCAGUCGGACCAGCUGUCGGCUGAGUCUGCCAGUCGCACCCAGGCGGGACGGGUGAAUCUUGGCAUGGACUCCAACAUGAUCGGUCGGAAUGCGCAGCAGCACGAGGAAAUGAGUUUGCGACACCUGGAGUUGGCAUUCAAAAACUGGACAGAUCUUCACCAGGACGCGAGACGGGAAGUGUGGCAGCUCGAAAUCACUCGAGCCUUCGCCCGGGAAAUGGAGAAGCGGAAACUGCUGGAUGACCAGCUGGCGCGGGUGCAACAGGAGACGAACCAGCUUCGCGCCCAGGUGGAGCGACUGGGGUCGUGCCAGUGGCCGCGGGAAUUCGCUCUCUUCCCUCCGGAUACGCUGCCGUUGCCGCGCGAUGUCGCCCGAGAGCUGGAUACCAAGGAAAGCCAGAUCAGUCCCAACUCGCCUCGCUGGGACUACGACAGCGUGGUGUCCAAGUGGAAGCGCGUCGUGAUGCAUGAUCGCGGCAUGGGCCGUAUCGGGGUCGGCCACGCGACGACGGCAGAUGACCUUACCCCCACCGAGAACAAGCCGCGCAGCGGUGGAGAUUCGACCUUUCCCCGGCCGAAGCAGCUGCAGCCGCCGCCGGCUUUGAGCCCGGGCACGUCGCCCGCCCACCCCAGCGCGCCCUCGGCCUCUCCGAGCCAACAGACGUCGCCCUAUAUCCCGCAAGAUCCCAGCCGGAGUCCCAAUGCCGGACAUCAGGCCAAACGUCCGCGUCUCAUGAACGGUCAUCAUUCCGCAAACCCCCCGCAGCCCGCAGAGAGUGCCAGCCACCCCCCUCCGGCUCAACGACCUUCCAGCUCCUCCCACCAGUGGAACACUCCCCAGUCGUCUCUCAUGGUUUCUAGUCUCGCCAGUCCCGCCGCUCCAACUCCUCCGCCGUCCAAUUCCGGCGGCACUUGA